AAGAAAUGUCCGCGGUGGAGUCGCGUCGCCCCACUGGGAAGGGAGCGACUACAGCACAUUCCUGGUUCGUCGUCGUCGUUGUCGUCGUCGUCGAGGCUGCCAGGCUGCAGCCAGCGACCCAGAUGAGAAUCAAUCAUGCUUUUAAAGUGUCCCCUCCGUAGCCAUUUUGGCUCAAGCCUCUGCGGCGCCCCGUUUCCCGCAGCCAAGGGACAGGCGGCCCCCAUGGUCCCUCCCCCCUCCCAAAUCCUCAUGGGGACCGCAGUCCAGAUGGAUCCCGAGAUCCCGAGCCUCUUCUCCAACUUCGUCGAGUACUUCAAUGACAACGUCAGCAUGAUGGCCAUGGCGGCGACGAUAGGGUCCCUCGGGGGCGGGCUGGCGAUUCAGGCGCUGGGGCCUUAUGCCGGGCCCGUGGCACAGGGGCAGGCGCGGAUGCUCAUCUGUAUCUUCCUGAUCUCGGUGCUCCGGCUCGUGGGGCUCUGGUUCUAUCGGAGAGCUCCAGAUGGAAGCGCCAUGCAGACGGUCUACAGCACCAUGCUUCUAGGGCUGCCGUGGUUUCUGAGGGUGCCAAUGGUGGACUUGUUGCCAGCCUAUCUUCAUGCCCUUUACGACAAGGUUGGUUGGGAUCCAAUGCGCGUGAACCACGGUCAAGCCUGUCUCGCAUUCAUCCUCAACACAGUUAUGUUCCAAUUCCUAUUUUUGGUAACUUUACUUCUGGCAUCGCUUGCGCGGUCGCUUCCCGAUGCCGCCCAUCCAGACGCGAAGUGGUCAACGUUUUAUUUGCAAAGCUUCUACCUGGCUUUUCUUUCGGGUGCAGGGAAGACCCUGCAUUUUGCGGCGUUCAUCCUGAACAUGACACUGGCGGGCCCCAUUCACCGUCCUCUGCGAGUGAUGACGCAAAUUCAGUUGUUUUUGUUUGUUUUGUUUUUGACGGGCGUCUGCUGGUUCCUGUUGUCUUCGACGCUGCCGAAUCAGAUGACUAACCCACUGCUUGAGAAAAGCCCUUUCACGCAGUCAAGCCUUAUGGUCCAACAGUACGUGGUCGUCUACACAUGGGCGUACGCAACGGUUUCCCUUGGAUGGGAAUGGCUUUACACUUCACUCGGUGGGGCCACAUCCCACGCGUGUGGCUUCUUCCUGUUCUUCGUUUGGCUGCUCGUUUGUUUGGCGUUUGCCUGCCUCCUUGCAGCUGGCACGCAUGACAAUAACUUUUAUACCAUGGGUAAGUGGCGCCCGAGGAAAAACGCAUUGUGCUUGAUGAACUAUUGGCUUGUAGACUUCAUUACCUGGUGGUCUCAAGCGCAGCUCGUGGCGUCUCUGGACACGUUCAUGGCAGAUCUGGGGCAAGAGGGCACCCGGACGAAAGCAAGCUCUUGGCCCACCAUCGGGGUGAGUUUUCUGUUUGUGCUUGGGUUGUUGUAUUUUUGUGGUGCGCUACAUGCCCUCAACCGUGAUGCCCUGUUAUUCAAGACAGAUGGUGGUUGGGGGCACAAGCCUCAUGCUGUCAGUUACAUUCCCGACUCGCACCAAAUUCAAAAAUGCAGUGAUUUUGAAGGCAGUUCUGACUCUGACGGUGAUUCGUCCGAGUCCGCUGAGGAUAGGCAAACUGACGCCUGAUGCGGUGCUUGUUCCGAGCCGUGCAGGACAGGGUGGCAUUACUUGUGUCAGCAAGUUUGAGAUAGACUCGUGGAUUGUGGUCCGCUGGCAGUGAAACAAAAC